UUAAAACUCGGAGCUAAUUUCAAAAUCAGAUCUGGCUACCACCAAAAAUUUUGAGCGGCAGCACUGAAGUGCAGCUGCUAAUUAGGCGAAUUCAUAAACUACACGAAUUCGCCUUACCAUCAAAUAUAGUACAUAAAAAAUAUAUGCAAUUAGAUUUUUAAAAUGAAUUUAUAAACAUUGUUUUAUAUAAAUGAAAAGAGACUGGUCUCCAAAUUUCUGUGAAUGAAAUGGUCAGAAUUCGUGGUGUGCGAUGUGGAAUCGCUUCCGAUGGACAUAUACUUAGUGGGGAAGGCGUUUUCAUUACGGAUAAAAAGCAUGUAGAGUUCGCGCGCAGACGUAAAAAAGAUUUUAGGCCUGAAUGUCGAGUCUGCGCUGAUUGUGCCAAAUCUUUAGCACAACUAUACAAAUUCAAACUCAGUAAAGCGAUAGAAAGGAAACGUCGUCAUUCGGUAACUGUGUCCUCCUCGUCCUCUGUGGAUGACUUCGAUCGCAUUGUAUAUCGCACUCCACGCACAAAACAUUAUCGCGAUUUUGUUAAACAAAAUGCACCCUUCAACUUAGGUGGCCCAUCACAGGAGUUGAGUCAGAAUGUAGAUAAAGAGAAUCAAGGCAACAAUGGAAGUACAACAGGCAAUUUAAGCACAGAAUCAUUGAUCGUUAGUGAAGACAGUACAAAUAGCUCCAUAAUUAGUGGAUCAGACAGGGCACCAUCACCAGCUGCCUUUGUAGCACUAUCAACGAGCACAGGCAAUUCACACAAUUCAUCGCUUGAUUUAAGGCCGUCAACCAGUGCGGCUGCUAUCAGUGCAGCAACCACAAAAGUUGUAAUCGAAACAAAUGAUAAACAACAAACCGAUGCUCACAUUAAAGAUGUAACAAUGUGGCGAAAACCAUUACAUCCAGUAAAACGUAAAAGGAUACACUUUAAAGAGCCUUUGGAGGAGCAACAGCCAACAGCAUUAAAUGUACACAAGGCGAAUCAAAACGUUGUUUCAUCGAACUCUUUGACAUCGACAGAUGAUGAUGAUGAUGAUGACUUUCAACCUAGUUUAAAUGCUUUGAAUGGCACACGUUUACCACAUAUACAACCGAUACCGAAACGUAGACAAUUUCAACAUGUAAUACCUACAGUUCAGGAUAUCUAUAUGCACGGCAUCACCGGCGGUUAAAUAAGCAACAACCAAGUGUUUUAAUUUUUAAGAAAAUUUAUUAAUUUCAGCAAAUGAUUUUUAUAAUAUUAAGUAGAUUGUUAAAUUUUAGUAUAACGAAUUUAAGUCGAAUAUUUGAUAAAGUUUAUUCAAUUUCUUAUUAAAUUUUUUUGUAAGUUCAUUGUAAUAUUGUUGUGUACUAGCUAAAGUUAAAAAUUAUUGAUUAAGUAUAUAAGUAUCUGUGUAUUUUUGGCAGCAUGUUCGCUUAUUUGUAUGAAGAAUAUAACAAUAAAGAUAAAAGAAAUAGUGCAAAGCAA